AUGCUGCAGGAAUACACAGGAGUGGGUUAGCGCCAUGCAGAGAGAGCACAAGGCCAUGUCUCAAGUGUUGAUCAAAACCCUUCUGUACAUGUAGAACAAGGGGGGAGAUGCUGGGCAAGAGCUAAUUACACCGGGGGGUAAUUGCACACACGGUGCUGGCAGGGAGGGACACGGAGGAAGGGUUCUUGAGGUCGGUGGUGUUGGCAGCGGGGUCGGGAAGGCUGCGGGAGUCCGGGGGCAGGGAUCGGGACAGAGAGGGGCUGGGGAAGGUUUGGGGUUAGAGGUUGGCUUCACACAAAGGAGCAAGCGGCUGGAAGACGGUUCGACGCCGAGAGCCAAUCACGGCGGCAGCCCGGCGAUAAAAGGGGUGGCGAGGAGCCGUGGGAGCUCGCAGGAAACGGCUCCUGCUCCCACAGCCCGGCCCCUGCAACGGGGGGGAAGGCAGUGGGGACACCCGGCCCCACCAGGACAGACCCAGCGCCCGGCAGAGCCACCCCCGGCCGGGGCGAAACCCUCCCUCCCGCUCGGCAGCGCCGGGAGCAGCGCACGCAUAUGGUGUUGCAAGAGGUUGGUCUCAGACACCUCCCCAGGGAACAUCGCCCCACGGACCUCAGGAUUAAACAGACAGAGGAGGAGAAGGAACCAUGUUCCAGGCCUCGGGACCUGCCAGCCCCUCCCCAGCUCUUGAGGCAAAGAGCAGCUCAGGAGGCAGCACGGUGCAGCGCUCCAAGUCCUUCAGCCUGAAGGCACAAGUGAAGGAGAUGUGCACUGCCUGCCAGAAAACCGUCUACCCCAUGGAGCGGCUGGUGGCCGACAAGUUCGUCUUCCACAACGCCUGCUUCUGCUGCAAGCACUGCCACACCAAGCUCAGCCUGGGCAGCUACGCGGCUCUCCAUGGGGAAUUCUACUGCAAGCCCCACUUCCAGCAGCUCUUCAAGAGUAAAGGCAACUACGACGAGGGCUUCGGGCGCAAGCAGCACAAGGAGCUGUGGGUGCACAAGGAGGUGGAGAGUGGGACCAAGUCAGCGUGAGCGGGGCCGGCUCAGCCUUCCCUGGAGCCCAGCAGAGACAGCCCGGAACGGUGCUGAGCCGGGGGCUAACUGAGCUGAUGUAAAGCAAAGGGGAGCCAAGGGCAGUGGGUGGUGAGGGGGGGAGGCAGCACAGCCCUCUCUGGAGGAUGGUUCUACAGGCCACAAGGGCAGAGGUGACCAGGGGACAGCCUCCAAGCCCCAAUUCCUGAGAUCAGACGCGAUGCCCAGCACUCCACACACGUUUCAGGUUUGCCACCAUGGAUAAAGAGAUGAUCUGGGGAGGGAGGCUUAACCCAGCCUAUAAGUCAGAGCAGAGCUCCCAGCUCCUGCCACACCAAUCCUGCCUUGCUGGGGCUCUGGAUAAGGAGGGUCCUUGGUUUACAUCAGCUCAGUUCAGCUGGGAAUGUUCAGCCUUAAGGAUGUUGCCCUGCGACUGUUUCACAGUGUCUGUCCUUUUUCUAUCUGCCUUUGGUAGGUCCUGCGCCAGGCGCUCUCUUAUUUUUGUAAUACAAGGUUUCUGAGCCUUC